AUGGGGUUCAAACAGUGGUUACUUUCCCUGGCGGUAGUCGCAUUUUCAGCUACCGCUACCCAGGCGAGAGUUGAUGAUCCAGCCGGAAAGGCUGCUCAAUAUCACAAGGAAUAUGCGUUGUUUAGAAGCGCAAAUAUGCCUUCACCCGACAAAUUAGCUACCGGAGUUGGUUUCCACUCUUUCCGCAUUCCUGCUGUCGUCCGUACCAACACUGGUCGUAUCCUCGCAUUUGCUGAAGGGCGCCGCCAUAACAACAGAGACUACGGCGACAUCAACCUUGUCUACAAGCGUACGAAGUCUCCCACCAACAACGGCGAAAACCCAACUGACUGGGAAUCCUUGCGUGAGGUCGUCGGGACUGGCCCGCAUACCUGGGGCAAUCCUACUCCAGUUGUUGAUGGCAACACCAUCUAUCUCUUCUUGUCUAUGAACGACGGUGCUUAUAGUCAGAAUGGAGGCAACACCCUACCAGACGGAACAAAAACCAAAAAGAUUGAUUCUACUUGGGUUGGCCGUCGUCAUCUCUAUCUCACUACUAGCACUGAUGAUGGUGACACCUGGACUAAGCCUGUGGACAUGACCAAGACUUUGACACCAGAUGGCCAGGCAUGGGAUGCUGUCGGCCCUGGCAAUGGUAUCAAAUUAUCCACUGGUGAACUAGUCAUUCCGGCACAAGGCCGCAACAUCAUUGGGCGUGGACCAUCAGGCAACCGUACCUGGUCCAUGCAGAUUCUCAAAGGCGCUGGAUCCGAGGGUACUAUCUGCCAAACACCUGAUGGAAAGCUCAUGCGCAACGACCGUCCAGGUCCUAUGGGCCAUCGCUCUGUCGCCCGUGGCACUCUUGCUGGCUUAGGUCCUUUUGCUACUGAUAACGGUCUUCCUGACCCUGCCUGCCAGGGCUCGAUCCUAAGCUACAAUAGUGAUGAGCCGGCUAGAACUAUUUUCAUGAACUCUGCCUCCACAGACCGCCGUACAGCUAUGCGUGUACGUAUCAGUUACGAUAAGGAUGCAGCCAAAUUCAACUUCGGACGUGAAUUGAAGGAUGCUCCACUAGGAAAUGUUGGAAAUGAAGGUGGCUACUCCAGUAUGACGAAGACGAGUGACUAUAAGAUUGGUGCCUUGGUUGAGAGUGACUGGUACGAGGAUAAAGGUGGAGAAAAGUCGCAUCGUUGCAUUAUCUGGCGCCGUUUCAACUUGUCCUGGAUUAUCAAUGGCCCAAACAACUAG